GGUGUGGUGUGGUGCUCCAUGGACUGACACCACAAUGCGCGGUUCGAGCUCCUUUUUGACUGGGAAUAAGAUUGACUUUCUUGACUACAACUUGGAGACAUCAAUGUACCUUCUCUGGACUGUAGUUUCGUCUGCAGCACUGACUAAUUCUGCCGUCAAACGACCGAUCCGAGUGAGUGAAUUUGAAAUGUGGAUGGCGGCAGCUACUGCUAGACGAAAACUCGACUUACGGUACCUUUGAAUUGGUUCGCCAGCGUCAGGGCCGGGGAUCAAGCUUCUCUUUGCCUUCAGCUUCAGCCCUCAGCAGCCUCGAGUUCAGCUGGAGAAGGAAUUUGAACUGAAGUCAGAAGUCAGAACAUCGUCAAGCCAGACCCAUAUGCAGGAGUGGUGAAGUCUUCCUAUACAUGUAACUGAUGGAUUCUAUGGACUCUCCCCUUUUGGACAAAGUGCCCUCAACUGGUCUCCAAUUCAAGUAUACCCCGACAUCAUUCAGACUUCAACCACCCCCAUUCAAUGCGGCUUCAGAUUCACAGAACAAAGACGAUAAUUGGAGGAAGGACAGUACAUGCCAUCAUCAAUUGAGCUCCAAGAAUGAAGAAUCUGGAAACACAGAUCCCCAUGGCAACAAUAACAACACCGAAGUCGAAGUUGAGAAGAUGAUGUCAUCUGCUUCUUCUGCCCUUGCAAAGCAAGGAGUAACAGUACUAGUGGGAUGUGGAAUAAACGAACUAUCAAGUGAACAGUCAUCGCUGACACCUGUCGCUAUUCAAGGUAACCAAAGACUUGAGAACAGUAACAUUGAGAUGGAUAGCAAACCUGCUGUCUCGUUGGACAACCUUCUGGUAGGUGGCUUAUCAGAUGGAGCGCAUCAUAUGACAGCGAUUAGUGGAAAAGGUGGCAUGAUAAAUCUAAGCAAUAUAUCUUCCAGCAAGUCUAGUAGUUCAAUAGGGUACACCAGGACCAUAUUCCAUACUGACCAUGUGGGCGAUGGAAAUGAGUACAAGAGUGAACCGGAACCAAUCAUGGACAGACCUGAAGAAAAUACACGUAGCACAUUACUGGUCUGUAAAUGGGCAUCGUGCUACCAGAGAUUCAACAGGCUUGAAGAAUUGGUUUAUCAUGUUAAUGAGAGACAUGUGAGACUUGAGAAAGACACAGAGUAUUGCUGUAGAUGGGAAGGCUGCCAGAGGAAAGGAAAAGGCUUCAAUGCAAGAUACAAGAUGUUAAUCCAUGUACGUACACACACUAAUGAGAAGCCUCAUCAAUGCCCGCUGUGUCUCAAGAGCUUUUCACGACUGGAGAACCUCAAGAUCCAUAACCGCUCUCAUACAGGUGAAAGGCCGUAUGUGUGUCCAGUAGAGGGUUGCAACAAAAGGUACUCUAACUCAAGUGACCGCUUUAAGCAUACACGGACACACUUAGAGGAAAAGCCAUACAGCUGCAAAGUGCACGGCUGCCACAAACGAUACACGGACCCUAGCUCUUUACGCAAACAUAUAAAAUCUCACGGUCACUACGCAAGUCGUUAUUCUUCCAAAUCAACAGACUCCUUAUCGAAUAGUACUAAUUCAGUGACUGCAAUAACAGGACCUGUCGGUUUGAGUAUAACAUCAACAUCGCCCUCUUUGUCCAUAUCCCCACCGGCACCUACUCCCAAACCCAUCGUGCCACCGGUACCAGCCAUAACGGCAAUGACUACUGGGACAAGCGUAUCCGAUGGAGUGAUCGUCUAUCCUAUCAUCGUACACCCUCCGAAUUUACCACCUCACUAUAGCUACGUGACGGUACCCACGGGUGCGUUGACCAGUAUAUCAACUGCCUUACCCACAAGCCCCCUCUUCUCCAGCCCUGUCGUCCCAUCCAGUAGCAUCAUUGGUAAUCAUAUGCUAGAGCCUUCUACCAUAGGGACUGUUCCGCAAAGUGCCAAACUUGAUGCGACCUAUGCCGGUCUGAACCUUGGUCUUGGUGCCUUACCGAUGGAUGCCACCAAAAGGGAUGACAGACUUCGACUUUCCAUCAAACCAUCGGGAAUGGAAGUCCUGAUGCCUGGAGCGUCUAGUCCCCUGACUAAAACACAAACUGUGCCUUCUACUUCUGUUAUUUCAACUAGCAUGUCAUGAUAAUAGUACUUCUAUUCUAUCAGUAAUUAGUUUGUUUUUCAUAGAGUUUAUGAAGUAAUUUUGUAUUCAUAUUUUCAUAUAUGGGCAAUAUAGUCAUCAGCUUUUCUAUUUCAAUUGUUAGUAUGGUGCCUUUUUUAAUCAACUAUUUAAAUUUUAUUUCAAAGUUAUACAUUUUAUGUCAUGGAUAAUUUUUUACUGUGAGUUUUGUUUUAAUUUGUAAAACUGCAUUUUAUGAUGUACUGUACAUCGUUGAAUAUCAACGAAUUAUAGGACAUCUUGCCUUGGAAAAGUCUUGUUCUUUUUGACUUGGUUGUCAACUAAAACAUUGCACCGGUAAUUUGACAUGAUUUUAGCUUUAGUUGAAGAUGUUUGAUUGAACAGUAAAUCAUUUUAAUCACAACACUGGAACUGAGCAUUCAGUGAGCACACAAUCUAUAUAAUAUAUCAUUUUAAUGUAUUUUUUGUUUUUAUUUUCCAAGUCCUCUUUAUUAUGCCUAAUUUACUGCAAAUUUGUAUUGACAAGGAUAAUGCUAGGUAUGGUGCCUCAAUUCAUUAUUUUUCUCAUGGAUUCAACCGUGGGUUUUCAAAACCACCUUUGUGAAUUUGGGCCAAAGAGUUAAUCAAGUAUCACUGAACAUUGUGAGUUUCAGGUCACAUGACCAAGUCCUCUUUAUUAUGCCUAAUUUACUGCAAAUUUGUAUUGACAAGGAUAAUGCUAGGAAUGGUGCCUCAAUUCAUUAUUUUUCUCACCAUUUUGAAUAAAAGUUAAACAUGUUUUGAAAAUACUGUUUAAAUGACACACAGAUGCCAGAUGACAAUCAAAGAAAAGGGGGUGGAAUUGAUUGAAAUCGAUCAAUGGAUAUCUCUUUUAUCGAUGACAUUAUUUUUGGUCUUUUUGUUUUUCCCUUUUACUUUAUUACACAAUGUUUGUAUCUUACGAGUCACCUAUUCCUACUCCAACAAUACAUAAACCUGAGAUGCAGACUAUUUCUUAGUAUUUUAUUAUGUUUUUGCAAAAAAAACCUGCAUGUUUGAUGAAAAUUAAAUGGUCAUAUUCAAAACAUUUUCAGGGCUUAAAUCAACCCAAGGCCAUGGCCUCUGAUGCCCUUAAAAGUGGUGGCCUUAAUGCUCUUCCAAAUAUUUUUAGCCUUUAAGGCCAAAAUAAAGCAUCCUUUUUGCCUUUGGCCUUAAUGUCCUGUGGUAAUCCUGUGUGUCCCAUUUGAAAGUAAAUUUAACUAUUGAUGCCUUUUUAAUGGCAUUGGAUGCACCCUGAAGGGAGCACUGCCUCCCUUUCCUUAAAGUGCCCUUUUAAAAGAUUACCGUGCCCCUGUGCAUUCAUAAUUCAAGCCCUGUAUUAUCCA